CUGGCUGGUUAAUUUCGUCCCACAACGUCAAUAGCCCUGCAGAAUGUACUUUGGAGUGUAUGACUACUGGAGCACUGUGUAAAUCUUUCAAUUACAAACCCAAUUCAGUUCCUAACAAACAUGUCUGCCAACUAAACUCACGAACUCGUUUACAAAAGCCAAGCAAUUACGUGAUUGAUGGUGGUUUCGUCCAUUACUACAAUUCCUACUUCGAGAACAUCAAGACCUGCCUGGAUAUCCUCCGAAUGGGCAUYACAAAAAGUGGCAUAUACAGGUUCCAUAUUGGGGAUGUUUUGGCAACUGUCUAUUGUGAUUUAGAUACCGAAGCGARUUCUGCCUGGACAUUGAUAAUGUCGUAUUCAUUUAAAAACCGGAAUCUUGACCACUUCUGCAGGUCACCAAUGUCUAUCAGCAAACCCUAUGAUAAAUAUAACCCCAACUGGGAUGCUUACCGAAUGGCUUUGACUGACAUGCAGGAACUCGCCAAGGUUUCCACAUAUGUGAGAAUAACAACAGGGUUUAACAAGUAUGGUAUUGACUACAGAGAUUAUAUUCGCGCCACAAUAGCCAAUCUUGACGUCUUAACCUUUAAUGGCCAUGGCGAUUGUCRUAAAGUUGAUUACAUCAAUAUCCGAGGUAUUUCUGSUAGWAGUACCCUUACAAGGUUUUGGCAGGGAGCAGACUAUAUGAUCCACAUAGAUUCAAGYKYUUURCCAGGAAAUUGCCAAUUUGAUGCAAGCAGCGGGUCAGUUCCCAAUAACGAUGACUUUGGGAAUUAUUGCUCCGGUUAUUACAACACCGCUUUCCGAGGAUGUGAAAAUGAAGACAGCACCACUAACUUCUGGUUUGGUGGCUACCUCUAAAAGAGCAUGCCUGUAGAGACACUUCUUUUUAUAUGGUUUGAAAAAUUGAAAUUCCACAUAAUUUCAAAAGCUGAAUUCUUUCACGGUUCCGUUGCCACUGUUUAACACUACAGCACGAAACAAGAAGAAUAUCUGUGGUUGACUUUGCCAACAAGUUAUUGCCACACUAAAUACAAGUUUAAACUAUCAAUAGCUGACAAUUAAGUACUUUACAAAAAACCUUCCUUUCUUUUAGCAGCCAUAUAUGGUAUUUUUACCUUAUUUGGAAAUAAGAUUCAGUUAAAUUCGAUUUAUAAAGCUUUGAAUCGUCUGGAACUUGCAUGGUACAUAUUAUAGCGAAAACACUUUUCAACAUUUGGACUUCUUUUUGUUUUCUUUUGUGUUGUUUUGUUUGU